AUGAUUUUCCUGGAUAAAGGCCUGGAACGUUUGCUGGAUCGCUAUAUUCGCGAACAUUGUGAGAAGCAGAAGCAGCAUGGUAUUAUGGCUACUGCUGGUUUCCUGAUUGGCUCCAAGCUGAACGAUGAUUUCCAUCUGGCGCAUAUCGCUCUAAAUUAUUUGCAGAAUGGCGAUAGUUAUUCGAAAUUGAUCGAUGCCGAAUGGAUAAGCGAUACUGGCGCACGUGUUUUAAGACUUUUGCCUGGUGGUCUUACUAUUGUUGGCUUAUUAUGGUUGGCUGGUCCGAAGAAUUCACUACAGUCAGCGGAAAUACGUGCAAUGCUAGUUCGAGCACUUGCACAUAUAUUGGUCAAUCACAAUGCGCUCAAUACAGUACUGGUGGAUGGAUGUUUACGAUCACGUGAUGAACCAUUGAAACCACGCGAUAAAAAAGCUAGCGGCAAAAAUAAAUUUCACAUUGAGACAUUCCUGGAUGUCACUGUCCCAAGUAAAGCUACUGUUGGCCAAGCAGUGGAUGCUGUGAAGGAGCAUAUCAUACGAACGUUGUGCAGUAGAGCUGAGAUUCAUUACGAAAGUACGGAUGUGGUUGAGGAUGAACCGAACGAUCGGGUUUCAGUGCAUCAGCUACCGCGGCCUGGAUUUGCAUCAUUGCCAUCGCAACCAGCAAUUGUUUUCACGGAUUAUCUCUUCGAAAGUGAUACAGCAAGUGAUGCGCAGCAAUCAUUCGCCGAUCUAUUAACCCUCACUAUCCCCGAAGACGAAAUCGAAAUUGACAGUGAACGUCUGCUGGAUGAGGGUGAUUUGUACAGCAUAGUGAGUGAUGACGAAAAGCCGAGCCGAGUGGAGCGAUCCAGUUCAUCGACAUCCAGCCUGAGCUCCGUUGUGCUACCACCAAUACGUAAAGGAACGAAAAAGCUGCCAGUGAAUAUGUAUGCAAUUGUUGCAGCUCUAGUAGCCCUGCUUUCUUUUGUAGUCUACAUACUCAUGAAGGCACUAUCUUCUUAG